GGUCACCAAGAUUUCUCUCUCUUUCUCUCACGUAGACAAACAAAAGAUUUGUAGAUAUGUGAAGUGGUCCCCACGCAACCCAUCCCCAAUCUUUUCUUUCUCUCUCUUUUUUCCCCCCUUCUUCUCACAGCAGCAUUUGUCCUUUUCCCUUUUGUUUAGCAUUUGCUGCUGCCUGCUUGGUCGCUUCUUCUAUUAUUAAUUCUCAGCUGUACCCUCUACUCCCACCUUUUCCCCUGCUACUUCACGAACAUUGAGACUGUAGAGAGAGAUUGAGACUGUGUUUGAGUGUGACCAAAAAAGGAAGACGAGGAAGGUGGAGAAGAAGAAGAAGAAGGAAAGAAGCGGAGCGUGAGCUUUAGAUCUGAAGCGUAACCACCUUCCCCACUUGUAACCCUACCAUAGAGGACGAUCCGGGUAAGCAACGACUGCUGCUGCUUCUUCUUUCCAGACUUUCUUGCUUGUGGUACCCAAUGUGGGUUGCUUUUGUUCAUUUUCUUGGGGUUUGGAGCUCGGGGGAGAUCUGGGUUGGGCUCUGGAGCUCUGGGUCGAGGUUGACUUGGUGAAAUGCAGUGGUUGUUAUUGCUGUGGAUGAAGAAUUUCUGUGCAUUUCAGUUUUGUGGGUUUUGGGUUGUUUGCUUGCUUGCUUUGAUGGUACUCCACUGCGGGGAAAGUGAAUUGUGGCUUGUUUGUGAUCUUGGGUGACUUGAUCCCUCUGGUUUAGCUUGUACGAUGGUUCCGUUUUUUAAUCAGACGUUGAGCACUUUUAUGGUGUUUUGGGAAUGGGAUGACUUAUGGUGUAGUUCUUGUUGCAGUUCAUUGAUUUAAAGAUAUGGGGUUAGUUGCUGAUGAACUAAGGCCAUGAGUUUGUUAAUGCUAUUCCGGAUGGAGGCAAUUUAAUGAAGUGAAUUAGUAGUAUUAGUACUUUCCUUUGUAGUGUAGUUGUCUUCAUUAGGCUCUUGACAACCCGUUUUUGGAAUUUUCCUGUUGGUUGCUUGCUUGAUUUCAUUUAACUUGCCACUGUUUCACAAGCAUUUCAUCUCAUAUAGAAUCUGUCUGCUAUUCGAUUACACUCGUCUCUGGGGCAUAAUUUUUGGAUUGGUGCUAUGUUAUGAAUCAUGGUGAUGCAUACAUUGGUUUGCUCAUUGCAAUAACUUAAUGCUGAAAGUGACAUCAUUAGCAGCUUUUGUCAGUAGUGAUGAUCAGAUUCUUCUUAUAACGUAGCUUGUAGCCAUAGGUUCUCCCAAGAUUAGUACAUGUUGCAAUUGUAAGGCUUGGUUGUAACUGGAUGAUCAGAUUCUUCUUAUAACGAUUAAUUAUCUGCAAAUGCUCCUUAACCUAGUUUGAUUAACUGUUUUGAUUUUCUUGGCUUCCACGUAUCUUCCUUGGUUUGUCUUUCACUUCCUGUUUACGGCUUUGCUUUAUCACACUGAGAUUUUAGUAUGAUACAUACUGAAGACGUUUGGCAAUGCUUCGUAGGUUCUUGGACUUGAGGUGAAUGGCAGUCACAGACACCCAGAAUCCUUUAGUUGCAGAAAUGACCUGCAGUACUUUGCUGCAGAAGCUUCAGGAAAUUUGGGAUGAAGUUGGCGAAAGCGAUGAGGAGAGGGAUAAGAUGCUUCUCCAAAUAGAACAAGAGUGCUUAGAUGUUUACAAGAAGAAAGUUGAACUGGCAGCAAUGUCAAGGGCUCAGCUUCUACAAGCUCUGUCAGAUGCCAAAAUAGAGCUUUCAACUCUCUUAUCCGCCCUUGGGGAUAAAAGUUCUGUUGGAACUCCUGAGAAGACUUCUGGAACAAUCAAGGAGCAACUUGAAGCUAUAGCACCAGCUCUUGAACAGUUGUGGAAACAGAAAGAAGAGAGAGUGAGGGAAUUCUCCGAUGUGCAAUCACAGAUACAAAAGAUUUGUGGUGAAAUUUCUGGGAGCUUGAGCACUAAUGAGACUCCUGUGGUUGAUGAAUCUGAUCUUUCCUUGAAGAAGUUGGAUGAGUACAAUGCUCACCUUCAGGAACUUCAGAAGGAGAAGAGUGAGAGACUGCACAAGGUGCUUGAAUUUGUGAGCAGUGUACAUGAUCUAUGUGCUGUCCUUGGUUUGGACUUCUUUAGCACUGUAACUGAUGUUCAUCCCAGCUUGAACGAAUCUACUGGUGUUCAAUCCAAAAGCAUUAGCAAUGAUACAUUGGCAAGGUUGGCUAGAACAGUCCUGGAGCUGAAGGAAGAUAAGAAACAGAGGCUCCACAAGCUUCAAGAGCUAGCGACUCAAUUGAUUGAUCUGUGGAACCUGAUGGACACUCCGGAUGAUGAAAGGAAAUUGUUUGACCAUGUUACAUGCAACAUAUCGUCUUCAGUUGAUGAAGUUUAUGUGCCUGGUUCUCUUGCCCUAGAUCUCAUUGAGCAGGCUGAAGUUGAAGUUCAAAGGCUUGAUCAGCUAAAAUCCAGCAGGAUGAAAGAAAUAGCCUUCAAAAAGCAAUCAGAACUUGAAGAGAUAUUUGCCCAUGCUCAUGUAGAGAUUGAUCCAGAGUCCGCUCGGGAAAAAAUCAUGGCAUUGAUAGAUUCUGGGAAUGUAGAGCCUGCUGAGUUACUAGCCGACAUGGAUACUCAAAUAUCAAAGGCGAAAGAUGAAGCUCUUAGCAGAAAGGACAUUCUGGACAAGGUGGAGAAAUGGAUGUCUGCAUGUGAAGAAGAAAGCUGGCUGGAAGACUACAAUCGGGAUGAUAACAGGUAUAAUGCAAGUAGAGGUGCACAUUUGAAUCUCAAGCGAGCAGAAAAAGGCAGAAUUCUGGUCAACAAAAUCCCAGCCCUAGUUGAUACCUUGGUUGCCAAAACUCGGGCCUGGGAAGAGGAACGGGGCCUGCAAUUUACAUAUGAUGGCGUCCCUCUACUUGCCAUGCUUGAUGAAUACGCCAUGCUUAGGCAGGAAAGGGAAGAGGAGAAGCGGAGGAUGAGAGAUCAGAAGAAGCAUCAUGAGCUGCAAAACACAGAGCAAGAAGCCAUCUUCGGUUCGAGGCCUAGUCCAGCCCGACCGGCUGGUCCCAAGAAGGUGGUUGGACCGAGAGCAAAUGGAGGAGGCUCGAAUAAUGGAACUCCGAACAGGCGGCUGUCUUUGAACACUCCUCAGAAUGGCAGCAGAUCCGCAAGUAAAGAGAGAAGGGAGGCGAGGCUUUCUGCUCCUACUAAUUACGUUGCUAUAUCGAAGGAGGAUGCUGCCUCCCAGGUCUCUGGUACUGAACCGGUUCCCGCUUCACCAUAGUGGAGCUGAAGAUUGAAACGAAGAACGAGAGCGAAAGAUGUAGGCUUUAUACCAUUUGCACAACAUUAAUGUUGUUAUUAGUACUAGUGGUAGUUCGUUGUUGUAGUGGUAUAGAUGUGAAGGAGACAUGAGAAACCGGAGUGUUUAAGAAUGUAGUAGCUGUCUGCCCCACUGGUCUUGUGUAUUUUUGCCGGUUUGGAGUUUUUCUUUUAGUCUACUGCAAAUCAUAUUUUGAGGAUCUCUUCUGCCUGAAUCCCUUUGCACUGUUACUUUCCUAGCAACUAAUGUUCUCUCCAACUUGCCCAUUGAAUCAAAAUUCAACGCAAGU